AUGAAGCUGAUUUUGAUCUUCAGUGCCCUCUUGGGGGCUUCCUUGUGCCUGGAAACUUUUGUUGGGCACCAGGUUCUCCGAAUCAAGCCAAAAAAUGAGGAUGAGGUGGCAAAGUUGCAGCUUUUGGAAUCUCUGGAACACCUUAAGCUUGACUUCUGGUUAAACCCCUCCUCUCCUGCCCUUCCUGUGGAUGUACGAAUCCCUGCUGACAACGUCCAAGCAGUGAAAGGCUUCCUGGAGUCCUAUGGGAUUGAGUACUCCAUCCUCAUUGAAGACCUGCAGGAUGUCCUUGAUCAAGAAAAGCAAGACAUGGCUGAAGGUCAACAAAUGGAACGCAGCAGCAACAGCUUCAACUAUGGAACCUACCACACUUUAGAUGAGAUCUAUGCAGAACUGGAUCACCUUGCAUCUGAGUACAGCAGCCUCAUCAGCAAGCACCAGAUUGGGAACUCCUAUGAGAAGAGGCCUUUGUAUGUGCUCAAGUUCAGCACUGGAGGAAGCAACCGACCUGCCAUCUGGCUGGAUGCUGGGAUCCAUUCCCGAGAGUGGGUGACCCAAGCCAGUGCCUUAUGGAUAGCUAAAAAGAUUGCCUCUGACUAUGGGAAGGAUGAAUCCAUCACCUCUCUGCUGAACAAAAUGGACAUUUUCCUGCUGGCAGUCUCAAACCCUGAUGGAUAUGUGUUCACCCACACCAAAGAUCGCAUGUGGCGGAAGACACGAUCCAAGAUUCCAGGCAGUCUGUGUUUUGGAGUGGAUCCAAACAGGAACUGGGAUGCAGGUUUUGGAGGUCCUGGAGCCAGUAGUUACCCCUGUUCUGAGUCUUACCGUGGGCCCAGGGCUGAGUCAGAGGUGGAAGUGAAAUCUGUGGUCAACUUUAUCAAGAAGCAUGGAAACAUCAAGGCCUUCCUCACCCUCCACAGCUACUCCCAGCUCCUGAUGUACCCCUAUGGCUACAAGUGCACUCAAGCAGCAGACUACGCCGAGCUGGAUGCCCUGGGAAAAGCUGCUGCCACCUCCCUCCGCUCCUUGUACGGCACCAACUUCAAAGUGGGGAGCAUCUGCACUACUAUCUACCAAGCCAGUGGAGGCAGCAUCGACUGGAGCUAUGACAAUGGCAUCAAAUACUCCUUUGCCUUCGAGCUGAGGGACACGGGGCGCUAUGGGUUCCUCCUGCCUGCCAAGCAGAUCAUCCCCACGGCUGAGGAGACCUGGCUGGGGCUGAAAACCAUCAUGGAGCACGUCCGAGACAACCCCUACUAG